ACCUUGAUUGCUCCUGGAGCAGUGGGUGAUAAUGCAUAAUUGAUCGUUUCUUGCGUCUAACUGUUAAUUCAAUCAAAGAGGACCGAUCAGUUGGAAUAACGUGUGCACUACAGACGCAAGGGGGUUGAGGGAAACAGUGAGAUCUGGUGCAAGGUGCAAAAACAUAAUCUGAACUGUUAAAGCAGGCGUAUGUCAAUCAACUUCAUCCACUCUUUGCCAGGCUAGCUUACUCAAUGAACUAAAAACAAACUUUGUUUUUUCGUUCGGGGAUCAGCAGUAUGUAACGGAUUAGCUCAUCCUCAGAACAUGGGUUGCAUUACAUUGGAGUACUUGUCUUCAUAUUCUGAUUUGUUAUAGAUCUGUAUUUGGAACUUGUUGAGAUAAGUGCAGAACGAUGGAAGGAAAGAAUUACUCACCGGGGAAUUGCCUGAUAAUAGUGCUGAUUUUACUGCAAUGUUAUUUACAGGUAUUACACGCAGAAGAGGGUGACACUUCAGCAUCAACAGAUCUCAGUACCGCUUUAACAUUCCGCAGUUUAUACAAAAGAAUAAAAAAUUCUCGACUCUCAAUUAUCCCCGCCAGGAGAGAGAUCUUCAACAAUACGACACCACUUACAUUGGAAAAAUGUGCCGAGCGUUGCACAAAAGAGACUGAAUUUGAAUGUAAAUCAUUCGACUUCGAUAAUGGCAAGCAGACUUGUCUUCUGCAGGCACAUAACAAAGAUGACCUGGAUGUCCAUCUUAUAACACAACCAUACUUCGAUCAUUAUGAGACAAACUACAUUAAGAAGUUCAAUCGUCUUCCUAAUCACGUGGUUACUCUGCAUCAUGACAAAAAGAUAGAGGGCGUUUCAGAGGAAGCAUGCGCACGCAGAUGCAUUCUUGAAGUCGAAUUUAAGUGUCAGGGUUUUGACUACGAAGCAAAAAUCAAAGUAUGCUGGUUGACAACGAACACACCGGCGUCUGCUGGAGGAGCCCUCCUCCUCAACGACGCCACCUAUUAUGAAAGAAUGCCACAGGGCGCUCUAAGUCGAUUUGUCAAUUAUGGAUUCGGAUCGUUAAGGACGAUGUCUGGCACGAAUAGCUACUUCAAAGUCGUGAAGGGUGAAUUGGAAGAGUGCGCCCAAUAUUGCUUAGAUGGGACACCACAAGGGCGAAAAUGUCUCAGCUUUGAUUAUACGUUUGGAGACCAAACCUGCCAUCUAUCGGAGUACAUAGCGGCCAAUGUACAAGGCAUUUCUACUAACUACAGGUUCAGAGUAAUGCACUAUGAAUUAAAAGAGGAUUACUUGAGAUUCUUCUACCCUCUACCAUACUCGGUUCUCCUCGCAAACAACCAUAAAACGUACAAAGGUGUCACCCCCAAUAGAUGUGCACGUAUGUGUAUGGAAGAAGAAACAUUUAUAUGCCGCUCGUUUGAUUACCAGAUUCAAGAUGGAACCUGUUUACUCAGUUCUAAGACAGGAAGUGACGUCGGGGGACUUUUCACACAAGGCCUUUCCCAAGUCCACCAUUUUGAGAUGAAACCUAUGUUAGAUUGUGGGGGUAAUUUAACAGAGCAUAAUACUGGAUUUGCCUCCCCUAACUGGCCAAGAAACUACGCUCCCCAUGAAUCGUGCCAAUGGAGAAUUAAAGUUCCAAAACACAAGGUGAUACAUUUCAAAUUUAUAUACUUUGCCCUUGGAUUACAAACGUUGAGCCCGUGCCAUGAGGAAAAUGAUCGUUUGAUAUUCAGAGAAAAUCUACCUGAGACAGUAGACGAAUUUUGUAUUCGGCCACAUACAAAAACAAUAAUUUCAAAAACAAAUGAGAUGACUGUUAAUUUUACAAGCAGAGGAGGCCCAGAUGAACAGGGAUUCAGAGUUUUCUACACAGCAGAUUGGCCAUGUGAUGUAACGUUCACAAAGUAUUCAGGGGAAUUUGCAUCAUCCCGAUGGCCAGAAAAUUAUCCCCCUGGGACAAGAUGUUCAUGGCAAAUGAAAGCCCCGUAUGGAUACAAAGUAAAAUUAAUGUUCACACAAUUUGAACUUGAGCCACAUGCCAUUGGAACAGAAUGCCAUAAUAGAUACGACUAUGUAUCAGUACACGACGGACCCAGUUUUGACUCACCACAGCUUGGGAGAUACUGUGGUGCAAAUGCGCCUUUUACUUUGUUCUCAACAGGCCGAGAAAUGUAUGUUACAUUCUUCUCUGAUGAACAAAUAGAGCGCCAGGGUUUCCAUGCAAAAUACUUAUUCGAAUCUAGAUUCUCCUCUCCAGAUGGUUCAUCAACAUUUAAAACUGGUCCAAGACCAACUCUAGGAGUAUAUACCACACCUUCAGUAGCAUUUACAAACCCUAACAAUAUCAUACCAUCCAUAAAAACUGUACAAAACCAGACGAUGGCAGGAAACACAGACAAUAAUGUAGUCAAACAGUGGCCAUUACAGUCUUCAAAGACCACAAAUGGUGCCAAUACUGUGAUGAUAGCAAUUAUCUGUGGACUUUUAGUUCUAGUCUUACUUAUAAUCGUAGUCUUGUUCCUAGUCUGCAGAUACUACAGGAAACGAGUUCCACACAGGAGGAAUCAGCCCAACUAUUCAUUUGCUGCAGAAUCGGAAGCUUUAAACCAUAAACCUGGCGAUAAAACAGAAGAUGACCAGACGGAAAACGGCGACGGACCUUAUGCUAGUAUUGAAUUCCAACCAUUGACUGUCAAUGCUUCAUUCUCUAAUCCUCUGUACGGUGCAAAACAUGAACAACAGACUGGGGUGAAACAACCUCUUUCUCCCAAACCAGCUGUGCCACCAAAUAUGCCAAGGAGAGAACCGUUGAAGACCGCAGUAUAAAUGAACCAUCUCUCUCGGGCAAGCUGUUUUGCCAAAUAGCGACCCGUUGAAAUCGCAAUAUAAAUGAAUCGUCUCAGCAAGUUGUUCCCCGAAACCGUUGUUGAGAAACACCAAAGGAAAGCUAAAACAAGUAUCAUGAAUCUGAACCCGCCCCUUAGGCCUAGGUCUUUUAGACAUUUCAAUAUAGAAUGGCAACUGAAUUGUUUUUUCCAACCCUUAAACGGCUGUGGGGGAAGGGGGCAGGUCUCCCCAUAAGGAUUUUUUCAUAACAUUCGUAGUAAUCUUGAUAUGAAAGUCUUGAUCUUGAUCUGAAAUUUUCUGGCUUUUCUUAAAAUUGAAUUAGGCAUGUUUUAGCGAAAGAAUUGUGACCCUAGCCCCCCUAGGAGAAAAGAUAGAGCUUGUCAAAGUUACUGAAAUACUCAAAUUGUCAGUAGUUUUGACUUGAAACUAUAAGCUUCUAUGUUCUUAGAAUAUGAAUUUCUUCAUCAACAAUGGCUCAAAAUAGUUAUAAGUAAGCGCAAUAUACUGGGAAU